CGCAGACGUGUACACUCUGCCCUCACUUGCCACUAUAACAUUUGAUUUUUUUUUUACCUACACGGUGAUUUGGGAUUAAUUUAGGAAGCCAGCGAAUUAAAAAUUGACGCUGAAACCUCCCGAGGCCAAAGUGAAGCCAUGGCGGACGAGCAAGAAAUAAUGUGCAAAUUAGAAAAUAUUCUGGAAAUAAGGAACAAAACUCUUCAGAUGCAGAAGAUCAAAUCCCGCCUGAAGAGCGAAUUCGAAGCCCUGGAAUGCGAGGAGAAACACCUGAGGGAGUACAAGCAGGAGAUGGAUCUGCUCCUGCAGGAGAAGAUGGCCCAUGUGGAGGAGCUGCGCCUCAUUCAUGCUGACAUUAAUGUGAUGGAGAGCACCAUUAAACAGUCCGAAAAUGAUCUGAACAAGCUGUUGGAGACCACACGCCGCCUCCAUGAUGAGUACAAGCCCCUGAAGGAACACGUGGAUGCUCUGAGGAUGACUCUUGGCCUAAAUAGACUGCCCAACCUUAAUGAAGAGGAGGAGAGGCUCUCAUUAGAUUACUUUGAAAAGCAGAAGGCCGAAUGGCAGAAAGAGCCGCAUGAGCCCAUCAUUCCAGAGUCGUUAGCGGCAGCUGCGGCUGCUGCCCAGCAGCUUCAGGUCGCAAGAAAACAAGAUGCCCGGCAGCCAGCCACCUUCAGACAGCAGCCUCCACCCAUGAAGGCAUGUCUGUCUUGUCACCAGCAAAUACAUCGCAAUGCACCCAUCUGUCCUCUGUGUAAAGCGAAGAGCCGCUCCAGGAAUCCGAAGAAACCCAAGAGGAAGCCAGAUGAAUAAAUUAAAAGAAAAUUGCCAUAUUUACCUGUGAUAGCUGUCUUUCAGAACUUCAAUGCAUUUAACAUAAACAGUGCAUACCUGAAUCCUGUCCUUUUUGUGUUGUGCCUCAGUAAUUGUACUUGAUUUAAAUUUAUUAUUAAACAUCUUACGAUUCUGUUGGGAUAAGCUUAUCAAUGCAAUAACAAAAAUUCUUAGGUUUGCUUCCUUAUAUUCAUGCCUAAGUAAUUUUAGGCCGCUAUCAUUACAUGUUGCAAAGGGAAAUACUGUUUUGUACUGUAUGAACUGUGCAUUUAGCAUUGAAAAAUUACAUGGUGCAUAAGUAACAGUUCCAUAAUUUGUCAUCAGAGAUGAAAAGUCAUCUUUUACUGGUAGCAGAAAUUUAAUGCAUACUUAAACACAUGCUCAUUACAAUAAACCAACGUUUGUAUUAGAUGACAACUUGAGUAAUGAUGAUGCUAAAAUGUUAUACUUUUUAUUGUUUUUUAGUAUUUUUAUUCAGUGCAUGUUUGCUGUCCUUAAUAUUUCAGUAACAAGCUAUUAUGUAACUGUGUUUUGUACUACCAUAGCAGCACAGCUGUUUUUUGUGAACUAGUUUGUUGAUUUGAUUUAUUGAAAAUUGACUAAAAUCUUUUUUCUUAUUGAGAAGUGUUAAAUGUUUCUUAAACACUGUUUUUAAAAUCUAUAUUGUCAUGUGAUGUACAUUGUGCUCAAACUAGUUUGUUGAGUAAAACUGAAACAUCA